UGUGUGUUUGUUGUGAUGAUGUCACUGGUUAUUUUUACACACUCGCGCUAUUAUUAUCGGGUCACUCCUCGUGUCGUCACGGCUGAGUGUGUCUGGCUCAGGUCUCAGGUUGAGCUCGAGACUAUAUAAACACGAGAGACUCGCGGAUCACACACACACUCUCUCUCUCACACACACACACUCAGCGGUCAGAGGUGAGGCAAGCUCUACAACCGCUCAACUAACUCUAACUCUAUUUAUACUAACACUGACCUGUCAUCGGGUUUGCAUGUAAUAGAUGUUUUCUUCAACAUCAAUGAAUGAACGAGAAACCUUUUUCCUCUUUUUCACAUGGGCUUUUUGCUCCAGAUCUCAGUGAGGAUGAGCGUCGCGAGCGUCAGACGGAGCCAACGCGCGUCUAAACGCUUCAGGUCCACUAAAGGAGCGUCUAAAGCGCGUCGGGAUCUGAUCAACGCUGAGAUCCGGAGCCUUCGGGAGCUUCUUCCCAUCGGAUCCAAGGAUCAUGAGCGUCUGUCGUACCUGCACUCCAUGGCCCUCAUCUGCACCUUCAUCAGGAAGAGUGUUCUGCUCACAGGUGCUGGUCCAGGUGUUGAGGACAUCAGUGGAGUGUCUGCUCUGAGCGAGAGCUUUCUUCAAGCCUUGCCUGGAUUUAUCGUUGCGUUGACCGAAGAGGGGAAACUGCUCUAUGUGUCGGAGAACGUGGAAGAACAUCUCGGCCUGUCGAUGGUGGACGUGCUUCAGGGAGACUCGUUCUAUGAUAUGAUGGACAGUCGAGAUGCAGAAGCGCUGAAGCUGGUUCUGAGAGAUCCGGACGACUCCACAGAGAGGAGUCUGGUGUGUCGAAUGCGCUCCUCCAAGGCCUUCCGGCUCCGGCACGGCUGCGGCUCGACGCUGGUGAAGGGACGGUUCCUGAACUCCUGUGUGUUCGUGGCUCUCUGUUCGCCCACCGCCGACAGACUGCAGGAUCUCCACACACUCCACACACUCCACACACUCCACCGGCCUGACAUGAGCCUCGCUCACGCCCCCUACAGUGUCGUCUUCCACCUGGGUUUCUCAGCGGAGGAGCUGAUUGGUCGAUCGUGGUACGGCCUCCUGCACCCUGAUGACAUCACGCUCGCCGCCCGCUGCCACACGACACUCCUGCGAGAGGAAGGCGACACACACACACAGAUGCUGGUCCGACUGCAGCACAGGGAUCUGUCCUGGGUCUGGAUCUACGCUUGUGCAACUAUAGGAGCAGCCAAAGAGUCGAUCUCCUGCACGAGCCACGUCAUCAGUGAAAUGGAGGCCGUCUAUCUCAAACACAAGCUGUACGGCAGCACUCCGGUGUCUCCGGGUCCGACGGCAGGAGAGAUGCGGAUCAAGACCGGGAGCAGCUCGGAGACCGGCUUCUUCCCCACGCCGCCCUACAGCCCCACUUCCUGCCACUCCUCCGACUUCCUGUCUGACGACUUCAGUGCUCUGGAGCAGCUGGUGAGCGACUCGCGCUUCUGCCCGCCAGCGUUCGCUGCGUCUCAUCCGUACAGCGCCACCGCUCCUGCUGUGUGUGUGCCGGACUCUCACCUGGUGCCUGUGUGUGUGCCGGACUCUCACCGAGUGCCCGUGUGUGUGCCGGACUCUCACCGAGUGCCCGUGUGUGUGCCGGACUCUCACCGAGUGCCCGUGUGUGUGCCGGACUCUCACCGAGUGCCCGUGUGUGUGCCAGACUCUCACCGGGUGCCCGUGUGUGUGCCAGACUCUCACCGGGUGCCCGUGUGUGUGCCGGACUCUCACCGAGUGCCCGUGUGUGUGCCGAACUCUCACCGGGUGCCCGUGUGUGUGCCGGACUCUCACCGAGUGCCCGUGUGUGUGCCGGACUCUCACCGAGUGCCCGUGUGUGUACCAGACUCUCACCGGGUGCCCGUGUGUGUACCGGUGCUGGACACGAGCGAGAUCCCGGAGCACUUCCUGUUCGGGCCGGAUCUGACGCCGGAGCCCUCGCCCUCUGCGGACACACACACACACUUCCUCUACGGCCCGCCGGACUCCGGCACACUGGACACACAUGCACACUCGCUGGCCCAUCAGAUCCGCUCGCUGGACACACACUGGCCACUGCUGGACGAGACAGUGAUCGACGGGAUCCUGCGGGAUCUGGACGCGAUCAGACCUUUGGGGUGUGUGUGUGACGGGCUUGUGAUCAGACACUCGGGGUGUGUGUGUGACGGGGUUGCGGUCAGACACUUGGGGUGUGUGUGUGACGGCCCCUCACAGCUCCAGCACUGCCUGUACACCGCCAUACAGUAG